AUGGGUCCCCAGACCCUCAAAAAGUGCUACAGCUGCACCCUCGAGAGCUUCCUGACCGGCCAUGCCAGAAUAGUAGCGUUUCUGUCCCACGGUGGUCUGAACAGUAUCUAUGAAGCGAUGUACCACGGUGUUCCUGUAGUGGGGCUACCUCUGUUUGGGGACCAUUACGACACUAUGACCCGGGUGGAGGCUAAAGGGAUGGGCAUCAUGGUUCACUGGAAGAGGAUGACAGAGGAGGAUCUGUACCAGGCACUGAACACUGUUAUCAACAAUAACAGUUAUCGUCAGCGUGCCCAGGUGCUCUCCUCCAUCCAUAAGGACCAACCAGGUCACCCGGUAACGAGAGCUGUCUAUUGGAUAAGCUACAUCCUCCGUCACCAUGGCGCCAACCAUUUACGAUCCUCUGUCUACACUGUCUCCACCUACCAGUACUUCCUAUUGGACGUUGUGCUGGUCGUAGGGGCGGGGCUGGCCCUGAUUGGCUACCUGUUUUACCGGAUAGCAGGGCUACUAAGGUCAAAGGUUAAGGUUCAGGAGCGGGGGGGUGAGGUGGGCCACGGUGACAGUGGCGACGACAAGGCAAACGGACAUUGUCAUAGCAACGGAGCGGUCGCUAACGGGAAGCACAAACGUAACGGAGCGCCGAUGGAGAACGACAAGAAGAUGAAGUAAAGGGGCGGAGACUCUGUUCUGGGGUCAGAGGUCGGAGAGGAAGCUGAAUCUACUGUAGAGAUUUAGGGUUUGGGGUAGAAAAGAACACUCCUCAUUCUGGGAGACUGCAGAAAGACGGGGAUGAGGUGUGUGUGUGUGUGUGUGUGUGUGUGUGUGUGUGUGUGUGUGUGUGUGUGUGUGUGUGUGUGUGUGUGUGUGUGUGUGUGUGUGUGUGUGUGUGUGUGUGUGUGUGUGUGUGUGUGUGUGUGUGUGUGUUUGUUUCGGGGGAGGGAGGAGGGUU